AAGGCGGGCGCGCUGGCCGCGCUGCUGCUGCAGCUCAAGCUGGAACUGCCGUUCGACCGCGUGGUCACCAUCGGCACCGUGCUGGUACCCAUCCUGCUGGUCACCCUGGUCUUCACUAAGAACUUCGCAGAGCCCAGCUCAUCCAGCCUGGAUACCUGUCCUCCAGGACCUCAGGUUAAAGAGAUCAGCUUUUCCUGACUGUCUGUAGCCUCCUCUUCAAUCCCUGACCGUGGCCAGGUGGCCACCUCUCAUGUGGGCAUGGCCCCCCGCUUCGAGGAAUCCCAGUACCUGGCCAUCUAAGCAAGGCUCACUGUCUAGUUCACUCACACCUCUACUGGAGCCCUCCAUACUUCCCAGGACCAUGUGAGGAAGACCCGUGGCCACACAGGCCCUACCUUUGGUGUACAAACUUGACUGGGUUAUGUUCUGGCAGUUGUUGAGCCCUAAACUUCUUUACGCUUCCAUGAUGUGAGGCUGUGUAGACAGAUGGAUAUACCCCCAAAUGGUGACCAAGGUCCUAGGCUAAGUUAGAAUGGGGCCAAGAAUGUGCAGCCCCUGCCUCUUGGACCCCUGAAAGCAUCAACUGUGAUUAACAUCUGUAUUGGUUAUUUUUCUAGUUGCCGUGGCAGAAACGACCUAACGGAGGAAGGAUUUGGUCUGGUUCAGUUUCAGGGAAUACAUGAGGAGAAGACAUAUGGCUAGGGGACUCCAUCCAUGGCGAGUGCUCCUGGCAUAGCUCAUUCACAUUGAGGUGCAUAUAACCGUUGUGGCCUUCCCCUAGUCUUUGCUUCUAGCUAGGCCCCCCAGCUCCCAAAGAUGCCACACAUCUAGCAAAACACUGGAUGGGCACAAAUGUUCAAAUCCAUGAGCCUAUAUGGGAAACUUCAUAGUCAAACUUUGGGGAGGGGUUUGAGACGGUUUCUCUGUAACAGCUCUGGCUACCCUGGAAUGCUCUGUGUAGACCAGGCUGACUUUGAACUUACAGAGAUCCAUCUGCCUGCCUCUGCCUCUGCCUCCCCCUCCCAGAUACUGGGGUUAAAGGUGUGUGCCUCCACCGCCUGGCCAUAUUCAAACUCUUAAAUUAGUCUUCCAGCUGGCCUGGCUGGGUCUCUGCCAUCUCCCUGUCUACAUUAACUCGAGGCUAGAUUCAGACAGACUAGCUAGCCAGUUAGAUCCUGUUAGCUCUUGAUCUCAGCACCGGCGAAGGGCUUUAAGCUAGAGCCAGCCAGGCUUCUAGCUGACCUGCCCUGGGGCCAGUCUUGAGGGUAAGAGAGAUAGCUAAGGAGGAGUUGGCUUGGAUUAAUGCCACAGGUGGCCACGGUCUGGUACCUGGGGAUCAUGACACAGUCUGGUGGGCCUUGAGCCUCCAAGUUUUUGAAAACAAAUCAAAAGCGUACGGUUGCAGCUCGAGACUGCUCGUGGCCUGGUGCGAGCAUGUGUAACAUCCUUUGCUUCAGGGCGUGUGCCCACUUAAGCAGGUGCAGACAGGCCCUUUGUCCAUUGGCAGAUGUGACCAGCCAGUGAGCCUUCACUAACUGUCCACCAGCAUCCAAGGCUCCCACUUUUCCUUUCUUCCCAGACAGGGGCACUUGUGAGACCCUUUUCACCUGUCAUAGGCAAUUUUUUUCAUGGAGUCUGGACUUCUGUGACUGCCUCUGGCUAGGUUGGAACAUCCAGGCCACCAGUCCUGACAGCACAAAGCCAGUGUCAGGGACUGGUAAUGGGUCCAUGUGGGAUGCUAAGAGAGGACACUGGCUCAGCAUAACCUGUGUCUAUCCUCUCUAGACCUUGGUUUGUCCUGUACAUACAGUCUCUGUGGCCUUUCUAGACUAGAUAAACGGUACUGGUCAGUUCCUCAGCUUAUACAAGCAGGUCUUGACCCCCGGCUAGCCACUUGUAAGGACAGGAGCCAUAUAUGCCACACUGUAGCCAGGACAUAGUGAGGGAAAAGUGGCCUGAGGGGUGGGUCCAUCUGGAAACAGCAGUCCCUGCAUAAGGCAAGCAGCUCUAUGGGAGGGGCUUUCGUAUGCCAUGGACAUGAGAGAGAGCCCAGCCGCCUGCACAGGGGAGGGGUCUGAGCAGAGAUGGAAUCAGGUCUAUCCCAUGCCCUUCAUCCCAAGACCUGGUCUUUCUCAGAGCAGUCCCACCUCUUGCCCUAGCCCAUGUCUCCUCUCUACCCUCAGAGGAACCAAUUUACUGUUACACUCCGCACAACUUCACCCGUGACCAGGCGCUGUACGCCCGUGGCUACUGCUGGACAGAGCUGCGGGAUGCGCUGCCCGGCGUGGAUGCCAGCCUGUGGCCAUCGCUGUUUGAGCACAAGUUCCUGCCCUACGCACUGCUGGCCUUUGCCGCCAUCAUGUAUGUGCCCGCACUCGGCUGGGAGUUCCUGGCCUCCACACGCCUCACCUCUGAGCUCAACUUCCUGCUCCAGGAGAUUGACAACUGCUACCACCGAGCAGCCGAGGGCCGUGCCCCCAAGAUUGAGAAGCAGAUCCAGUCCAAGGGGCCGGGCAUCACGGAGCGUGAAAAGCGAGAGAUCAUCGAGAACGCUGAGAAGGAGAAGAGCCCUGAGCAGAAUCUGUUCGAGAAGUACCUGGAGCGCCGGGGCCGCAGCAACUUCUUGGCCAAGCUGUACUUGGCACGGCAUGUACUGAUCCUGCUACUCAGCGUAGUGCCCAUCUCCUACCUGUGCACCUACUAUGCCACCCAGAAGCAGAAUGAGUUCACCUGUGCCCUGGGCGCCUCACCUGACGGGCCAGUGGGUAGCGCUGGGCCCACGGUGCGUGUCAACUGCAAGCUGCCAUCUGUGCAACUGCAGCGGAUCAUUGCCGGUGUGGACAUCGUGCUGCUCUGCUUCAUGAACCUCAUCAUCCUCGUCAACCUCAUCCACCUCUUCAUCUUCCGCAAGAGCAACUUCAUCUUUGACAAACUACACAAGGUGGGCAUCAAGACGCGCCGGCAGUGGCGGCGCUCGCAGUUCUGCGACAUCAACAUCCUGGCCAUGUUCUGCAACGAGAACCGUGACCACAUCAAGUCGCUCAAUCGACUGGACUUCAUCACCAACGAGAGCGACCUCAUGUAUGACAAUGUGGUGCGGCAGCUGCUGGCAGCCUUGGCUCAGUCUAACCAUGACGCCACGCCCACUGUGCGGGACUCGGGCAUCCAGACUGUGGACCCCAGCAUCAACCCUGCCGAGCCCGACGGCUCUGCCGAGCCACCCGUGGUCAAGCGGCCCCGUAAGAAAAUGAAGUGGAUCCCCACCAGCAACCCGCUGCCACAGCCCUUCAAGGAGCAGCUGGCCAUUAUGCGUGUGGAAAACAGCAAGGCUGAGAAGCCCAAGCCUGUACGCAGGAAAACGGCCACAGACACGCUUAUUGCCCCGCUGCUGGAUGCUGGUGCCCGGGCUGCCCACCACUACAAGGGUAGUGGAGGUGAUACAGGCCCCUCCCCUGCCCCACCUGCUGCCUCUGACAAGAAACAUACCCGCCACUUCUCCUUGGAUGUACAUCCCUACAUCCUAGGUACCAAGAAGGCCAAGACUGAAGCAGUACCCCCUGCCCUUCCAGCCUCCCGGAGCCAAGAAGGUGGCUUCCUGUCCCAGACAGAAGAUUGUGGGCUGGGUCUGGCUGCAGCACCCACCAAAGAUGCUCCGCCCCCCGAGAAGGAAACCCCAUACCCCACAGAGCCUGCCCUACCAGGACUUCCAUCUGGGGGCCCAUUUCACGUCUGCUCGCCCCCCGCGGGUCCUGCUGCGGCCCCCCUGUCACCAGGCAGUCUGGGCAAGCCUGACCCCCUCACCAUCCUGAGCCGAAAUGCCACUCACCCCCUGCUCCACAUCAGCACGCUGUACGAGGCCCGGGAAGAGGAGGAAGGAGGUCCCUGUGCACCCUCAGACAUGGGCGACCUCCUCACCAUCCCCCCACCCCAGCAGAUCCUCAUCGCCACCUUCGAGGAGCCGAGAACAGUUGUGAGUACUGUGGAGUUUUGAGGGGCAGAGCCUCCCAGGCCACCAAAACUUUCUGCAUGAGCCAGGGAUGGCCCAGCUGAGUCUAGCCUUGAGUAGACAUGACCUCUGCUCACCCAGUACUGCCUACGCCCCCAGCCUCCUGUCUGCAUGCCACGGGGCCCAGCACGCCUUCCACCUGGCUCACCAUGGCAUCCACAGGUGCAGUCUGGGGCUAGAGCGCAAGGUGGGGGUAUAGUGCCCAUCCUGGCAUCAGGCGCCCCCUGUGUGCUGGGCCACAAGAGGGAGAGCUUAUUUAUUUAUUUUGUGGGUUUUGUUGUGUGCUGAGACGACUCAGUAGACCCACUUGGGCCCAGCCUAGGGUGUGUGAGGAGGAUGCCGAGGAAGGUGACACUGGCCUCAGGACACACCCCAGGGGUCACUCACUGAAGGGCCUGGCCCCUGCAGAGGGACCUGAUGCCUUCAGGUGGGGGACCCGAGGGCUGCCCCAGGUCGAAUCAACAUGCACUUUCUCCUCCUAGCCCGACACACACUUUAUUUUACUAUGACUACUGUAACUGACGAGCCUAUCUAUCACCAGGAGAACUAAGGUGCAUUUAAAGCAGAGGGUGGUGUGUGUGUGAGAGAGAGUGCCGUAAGCAGGGGUGGGUGUGGAGCGCGGGUGCGCAGGGGUGGGUGUAAGCACCUGCCUGGGUGCUUGAGUUUGCCAGAGGGCACAGUUCCCAGACACAAGCAAGCUCAUGAACAAGUAGGGGGCAGGCGUGGUGUGAGUGUGAGCCUGAGUGUGUGUGAGCGUGCGAGCGGCACCCACGUGAGCAGUGGGUGAGAGCAGGCAUAGGCACCAGGGUGCAAGCGAGGGAAGGAAUACAACGCAAUAACCACAUCCCCCUCCCGGGUCCCCAGCUGCUGGCUGGACUGCUUCCCACGGGAGUCCAGGCCCCACUGGCCCCACCCCUAUUACCUCAGCCACGCGCCACGUGACGAAGUAUUAACAAGGUAGCACUGAGCAUAUCAAUAAAUACUAUUCUGAUAA